AUGACCGACGCCGACCCCGCACGCGCCCCGACCGCCCCUUCCGGCGGCGGCCGCGCCGUGCUGAUCAUCGAUGACGAGGCCACACUCGGCCGCAACAUCGCCACCUACCUCGGCCGGCUGGGCUGGGAGACGCUCUGGGUGGCCUCGGCCGAGGCCGGGCUGCAGCGGCUGCCCGAGUUCCGCCCUGACGUGAUCCUGCUGGACCACAACCUGCCCGGCGCCACGGGCCUGGAGGCAUUGCCGCGCCUGCUCGCGGCCGAGCCCGCGGCCCAGGUCGUGCUGAUGACGGGGCAUGGCUCCAUCGACCUGGCCGUGUCGGCGAUGAAGCAGGGGGCGGCGGACUAUCUGGCCAAGCCCCUGGCGCUGUCCGAGCUGCGCCUGCUGCUGGAGCGUCUGCUGGGCCAGCACCGCCUGGCCCGCACGGUGGACUACUACCGGGGCCGCGUGGCGGAAAGCAGCGGGCUGGACAAGCUGCUCGGCGCAUCCGCCCCGAUGCAGGCGCUGCGCGAGCGCAUCUCGAUGCUGAUCGACGCCGAGCGCGCGCUGCAUGCGCCACCCGCUGAGCCUGGCCGUGCCGGCGCUGGGAGGCUGGCUCGACCAGGCCAGCCAGGGCAUGGCCGGCGACAGCCACAUGCCUCGGGUGCACAACCACGGGCAUGGGCAGAGCGAGCGCAUGGUCGUGUCGCCCGGGCACGAGGAGCGCGGCAUCCUCGUCAUCCCCGGCGGGCAGAGCGGCCACCCGAUGUCGCCCUUCUACCGCAGGCGACCACGCCGCCUGGCUGGCCGUCCGGUGGUCUGCGGAUGCGCCGGCCGGCCCGCACUGGGCACAAUCGCAGGCUGCCAAAAGUCAACUGGAGGAAUGCAGACAUGAACAAGACCCUGUGCGCGCUGCUCGUGGCCGGCCUGGCCGCCUCGACGACCGCCCGCGCCGAAGACGCCGGCUCCACUGUCGAGAAGUGCCCCAAGAAGCUCGGCGUUCUCGCCGUUGCCGAGCCGCAGAAUGGCUGGAACUACCUGUCGCAGUACGGCCUGGGCUCGCCCGGCGUCGCUGCUGCGCAUGAUGAUCCAGAACUCGGGCUGCUUCGACGUCGUCGAGCGCGGCCAGGCCAUGCAGAACCUGCAGCAGGAGCGCUCGCUCGCCGCGGCCGGCGAGAUGCGCCAGGAGUCCAACGUCGGCAAGGGCCAGAUGCAGGCGGCCGACUUCGUCAUGACGCCCAACGUGCAGGUCGGCGCCAACACGAGCGGCGGCCUGGGCGGCUUCCUGGGCGGCAAGCUCGGCAUCGUCGGCGCGAUCGCCGGCGGCCUGAAGUUCAAGGACGCCUCCACCAGCCUGCUGCUGGCCGACGUGCGCUCCAGCAUCCAGGUCGCUGGCGGCCGAAGGCAAGGCCAGCAAGACCGACUUCUCCAUCGGCGGCUGGGGCUUCGGCGGCGGCGCGGUGGGCGGCAUGGGCGGCUACACCAGCACGGCCGAAGGCAAGCUCAUCGCGGCCAGCUUCCUCGACAACUACAACAAGAUCGUGCUGA